UUUCUCAUCUCGGUUUUGGAACUAACGGGGGACCCUGCAGAUUGUACACUUUUGUCUCCAGAACGUAAUUUGCUCUCGUGUGAGGGCGAGCGUAUGUGUAGGGGUUCUCGCUCAAGAAGAUAACAGCGUCAUCUACCUGGGGAGCAAAAGAGAUUACAUUAUACCCUCACCUGGACUAAAUAACGCCGCGAGAUGAAACCACAUAGCGAUGCCUAAGCAAGACAUUUUGUUCUGAGAGUGUAGGCUCAGUGUUCAUUCGGAUGACCCUGCCCACGCACAGUCCUGACCACAAGACACGGUGACGUCAUCAGAUCAGUCAUGGAGGGCGGGAUUCGAGGAGUGGUCAUCGUCUUCGCCGCCUUAAUGGUGCAGGUCCUGGCCUUUGGCAACUACGCCUGCAUCGGGAUCUACACGGUGCACCUGUUGGACGUGUUCGACAACGACGCUGUCAGCGUGUCUCUCAUCAGUGCCAUUCACUUCGCCGUGCUGCUCUGUUGUGGACCACUUGCAAGCUUUCUCAUGACCAGAAUCACUUACCGGAAGUUGUCGCUGAUCGGAGCCAGCCUAGUGGUUGUGGGAAUGCUCCUCACGCCCUUGAUCGUCUCCGUGCCUGCCAUGUGCGUCUUCUUCGGCGUUAUAGCAGGUCUCGGCGGCUGUCUGAUCUACUUGCCCUCCCACGUGCUGAGUGGUAUGUACUACGACAAGUACCGGUCUCUGGCCACUGGGGUCGCCACCGCUGGGACUGCCCUGGGGGCCACCAUCAUGCCCCUCAUUGUGGGAGUGCUCAUUGAGGAGUAUACCUGGAGAGGCUCUCUGGUGAUCGUGGCGGGAAUAGACGCCCAUCUCUUCAUCUUUGCUCUUUUGAUGUUACCUCCCCCAAACCCCAGCAAUCUCCCCGACUUGUCCGCAUCUUAUAGCAGCAUAGGAUCUACCACAGAGGACUGUGAACCUGGCCGAGCUCCUGAAAAGUUCGAUGAAGCGGUUACAGAGAUACCCUUAAAGGAUAAUGCAUCAGUUCUCAGUAAGAGGAGUUCAAUUGUUUCCGAUUCUUCGGCGAGUGAAGCUCAGUAUCGACAAAGACGAGAGCGGCACGACAGCUCGGGACUUCAAAGAAACUCGAGUGUGAGGAGUAACAGUUUCCGGUUGCGAGACUCGAACGCUUCAUACGCUCUACGACGACAAUCCAGACCACGAAGUCUUCUCUUCGCACCCACUGACGACAUUUCCAGAAUUCUAGCUCCCUCCUACAUUCACUGGUCACCAUUUUGGGACCAAGACUCCCAACCAGCUUUCCAUUUUGGAGACGACGAGCUGCUACAUGACAUUCCAGAGACAGAAAUUUUGUCCAUCUGCAGUGAUUCUGCUGACGGGAUCAGUAGUAAUGACAAGGGCUCACCACUCAGUUCUAAGACUACACAAAACACAUUACAAUCUGGACAAGCCUCGAUGAUAGAACGUAACAAAGAAAGUUUCAAAGAGCAGCUGAAAAAACACAUAGCUAUUUUAACAGAUUUUCGUUUUGCCAUUUACUUUGUUUCAACUAUUAUAUGGAGCCUAACAACUACCAUGUUUUUCACGUUCGGACCCGAGCUUAUCGUCAUCAAAGGUUACUCCCCUCAAGAAUCUGCCUUUGUAUUUACUUUUUUCGGUGUUGGCCAGUUAGUAGGUUGUAUAAUAAUAAGUAUCUUAGGCAACUUAUUCGGAAGGAGGAUAAUCAUUUACGUGGUGACUAACAUCCUGACGGGGGUGUUCCUGGGCGUGGUCCCUCUGGCGUACAGCUUCGUGGAGCUGUCUGUGGUGCUGGUGCUGCUGGGGCUGGCCUAUGGCGGGAUCCUGGCUCUCUACAUGAGUGUCAUGGUGGACCUCCUCGGCGUGGCGGAUAUGGAGGUCGGUCUGGGGUACGUGCUGCUCGCCUCCGGUCUCGGCUGCUUCUCGGGACCCCCACUUGGCGGAGUUAUCAGUCAGGCUUACGGGGGCUACGAUGAAGGCUUCUACCUGUCGGGUGUCCUGUCUGUCAUCGGCGGUGUCAUUAUGGGACUACUCUACGUCCCUGCCUGCAGAAGUAAGACGGAACACACAGACAGCGAAACAGCAAUUCAGUCCAACAAGAGCACUGCUUAGACUUCACUUCCAUUAUGCCAUGUGGUUGCAAAAGUGGCGUUGUUUCUGUUGAUGCUGCUGUUGUUGAUGUUGCGUUAUUCGCAUUGCUUAUAAUAUAAAUACAUUUUGUUACAGUU